AUGAUGGCCAGGUCGUUUGCCACGGUCGAAGAUACACCCAACCGAGUUUACGGGGGUCUCGCAGAUCAAGACAGGAUCUUCCAGAACUUGUAUUUGGGGAACUCCAAGAAACACGGAACCCCCAGCUACGAUCUCAAGACUGCCAUGAAAAUCGGCGAUUGGUACAAGACUAAAGAAAUUCUGCUCAAGGGAGACACGUGGAUCAUUGAUGAGAUUAAGGCGUCCGGUCUGCGGGGACGUGGUGGAGCAGGGUUCCCCAGUGGGCUCAAGUGGUCAUUUAUGAAUCCUCCCGGAUGGAAUAAAAACGUCGGGCCUCGGUAUCUGGUUGUCAACGCAGACGAAGGUGAGCCUGGGACCUGCAAAGACAGAGAAAUCAUGCGCAAGGAGCCUCAUAAGCUCGUUGAGGGGUGUCUUGUUGCAGGCAGAGCUAUGAAUGCAACCGCAGCGUAUAUUUACAUCAGGGGAGAGUUCUACAACGAGGCAGUGACCUUGCAAAACGCUAUCAACCAGGCGUACGAGGCCGGCUUUCUAGGGCCUGAUGCCUGCGGAUCUGGCUUCGCUUUCGAUGUGUAUAUCCACAGAGGAAUGGGAGCCUAUGUGUGCGGGGAGGAAACUGCGCUCAUCGAGUCUCUUGAAGGAAAGGCAGGCAAGCCGAGACUGAAGCCGCCAUUCCCUGCAGGCGUGGGACUUUUUGGACGUCCUAGCACGGUUACCAACGUCGAGACGGUGGCAGUGGCGCCUACCAUCUGUAGGCGUGGUGGAAAAUGGUUCAGCAGCUUUGGCCGCGAGCGUAACUCGGGCACCAAGUUGUUCUGCAUUUCGGGAAACGUGAACGAGCCUUGCACAGUUGAGGAAGAGAUGUCGAUCUCCAUGAGGGAGUUGAUAGACAAGCACUGUGGUGGAGUCAAGGGCGGCUGGGACAACCUACUUGCGGUGAUUCCGGGCGGGUCUUCGACUCCUAUUCUGAACAAGGAGACCUGCGACGAUAUCUUGAUGGACUACGAUGCACUCAGAGAUGCCGGAUCAGGAUUGGGUACGGCAGCAGUCAUUGUGUUCAAUAAGCAGGCCGACGUCUUGCGUGGCAUUCAGCGGCUCUUGGCUUUCUACAAGCACGAAAGUUGCGGUCAAUGCACUCCAUGCAGAGAGGGCUCUACUUACCUGUCGAAAAUGAUGGACAGAUUCUACGUUGGUCAGGCCCAGGAAAAGGAGAUAGAUAAGGCAUUGGAGCUGACCAAGAAGGUGGAAGGCCACUCUAUCUGUGCCAUGGGUGAAGCGUUUAGCUGGCCGUACCAAGGACUUGUGAAGAAUUUCAAGCCUUUGAUGAUCGAGCGAAUUAGAGAAUACAAACGGCAGAAUGGACUCGAAGACGGUGGCAUGCAGUACGGUGGGUGGCAUGAUUCUGGUAGAGUCAAGGAUGGCGAGGUUGUCAACAAUCCAAUGCCUAAAGAGGCAUUCCAUGGCCAUUGA